GAUGCAAGCCAGAGAGCAAACUGGGGGAUCUAUUCAGCAGCUAUACCGGGGUCAUGUACCUUAUUUCUCUUUAGCACCCUGCCACAGGAAGCUUGGUAAAAAUGAAGAUGGUCUCAGUGCUGCUUCUGCUGAGCACCCUCCUGGGUACCCCUGCGGCACCUUCCCGGCAUCCUUCUUGUUACCGGAGAGCCCUCAAAGACCACAGCUGUGACAGCAUGCCCGAUGGCACAGAGAACCUUCGCCAAAUCGAUGAUGGUCUGCAAAAUCAUUUUUGGGAAGAAGGGAAGGGCUGUGACAUGAUCUGUUACUGCAGCUGGAAUGAAUUGCUCUGCUGCCCGAAGGAUAUUUUCUUUGGACCAAAGAUAUCUUUUGUGAUACCCUGCAACAAUCAGUGAUGGAUAUAAAGUCUGCCAGUGAAGACAACAGACAUCAUUCUACAGUCACAUAACAAUGCUUUCAAAGGAGAAAACAAAACCACCACCUCAAAAAAAAAAACAUUCUAACUGCAAGACAGUGCCUCUUUUUACACUGUACAAAAAAAAAUUUUCUAUACCUUUUCAUAAUCUCAAAUAUGUAAAAAGUUCUCCUUUCGAAUCUGAUAGCUGACUUAAAUUCCCAUAAUGGUGUAAAAGACUGUACAAGCUCAUAAUGCUUUCUAAUAUUCACCCUGCAGCAAAAAGCCUAACUCUUGUUACUCAGCCCAACAUUCUCAACAACAAGUCUGGAUGAAGAAACUUCAAGCCUAAGCCUUCAUGUCAUUAGA